UCCGAAUAUGUCGGGGGGAGUUUGACUAGAACGGCGUCUUUGAUGUAUAUCAGCCGUGCUAUACGGCGAUGAUAAUGCCGCCAACGGCCUUACUUGUCCUCGGAGUCUCUAUAACCCGCCAUCUCAUACGGUCGAUCCUGGACUUCAUCAUUACUUCUUUCGUGGCCCUCGUCGAUCUAGUCCAGCCUUCUAUCCCUCACCACCAAGAACGCCAAGCUGUCACGAAACUACUAUAAAAGCUGUCGCCUCUUCGCUUUCAUACUUGCAGACUUUUGAUCUUCGUCUUCUUGGAAUCUGAUUGUUUCGAUCCCAUAUCGCUCAACUUUAUUACCAAUGUAUUCUUCGACAAUCCUCUUCUUCUCUGCGCUCUUCUUCGCUUCCGCACCCUCCUUUGUCCGGGGCUGGUGCCACCCAAACUUUGAGGGCGCUGCUCUCACUGUAGUCUGGAAUAACACACUCUCGUGGUCAGCCGAACCUGCUGUCGGCGCACCCAUCAGUGCGAGCACUUUGCCCUCCAAGUUCUUCUUCCAGCAGAAUGGAGAUGAUCCCGAUGUCACCUACACCAUCAAGACCGCGGCUAACGUCAACUUUGCGGCUGAAUAUGAUGGUCAGAGAUUGUUCAUGGACAAUGCUGACUGGUCAGGCAACGAGAACCAGAAAUGGAGAGUUGUAUGCAACACGUGUGAGACGGACAUCUCCCAGAAGCAUGGCGUCGUCGCUUCGUACUGCGAAAUCACUUCCAAAACCGAUAGCUUGUGCAUUACGGAGGGAUCUGGCCCUGGACCUUUGUAUUUAUAUUAUUGCAUCAGCCAUGGGGGCCAUGGGAAUUAUCUGUAUUUUGAUUUCUUGGUUUGAACAAUGACUGAAGGGGAGGG